AUGAAUGACAGCAUCCGAUUUGGAACUCUGCAAGUCCUUCUGCGCGAGUACUGGGUCUCAGAGUCCAAGAAGGCUGCCAUCAUCUCAGAGCUGUGCAGCGGCACACCCAGCACAAAGCUGCUGUACACCACGCCUGAGAGCCUGGCCCUUCCACAAUUGCGGGAUGCACUCAAAGAGGCCCAUGCAGCGCCAGCAUACCUUGCCCUCUCAAGCCUGCACACAGAGUUUCCAGGGGCCCCAAUCCUGGCAUGCACAGCCACGGCAACAAAGCAAGUCAAGGCUUCCAUCAUAGAACUGCUCAACCUGAAGUCUCCACUCGUGCUGGAGUCCAGCUUCAACCGGACGAACCUGCGCUAUGAAGUGCGCUACAAAGACCUGAUAGGAGAAGGCUCAGAUGCUGCAGCCCUUCAGGACAUGGAGGCAUUUGUGAAGAGUCAGCCACCUGGCACCUGUGGAAUCGUCUAUGCCCACCAGCGCAAGACCUGUGACUGGCUGGCCUCGAGCCUGUGCAAUGCUGAUGUGGACGCCAUGGCUUACCAUGCUGGCAAGGACGCAGAGCAGCGCUCAAGAAUCCAGUCACAGUGGCUGGAAGGAGACAUGCCCAUUGUCGUGGCGACGAUUGCAUUCGGCAUGGGUGUCGACAAGGCUAAUGUGCGCUGGAUUGUCCAUUGGGAUGCGCCCAGCAGCUUAGAGGGAUUUUCGCAGGAGAGCGGGCGAGCUGGACGUGAUGGCCUGCCCAGCCUGUGCAUCAUGUAUGCCUCCAAGGCGCACUUUGAGCAGAUGAGGAAGCUGGAGAGGGGGGACCGGGUAGGCAGCACAGCUGCAGUGGCGGACAUGGCCCUGAGCGCAUGCUGCAGGCGCAAGGCGAUCCUGGAGCACUUUGGAGAGCGCCGUGGCCGCUGCAUUACCGCAGAGGAGGAGCUGUGCGACUUCUGCCAGUCUCCCAAGCAACUUGCAGCCAGUGUUGCACGCUUGGAGGGAGCAUGGGAGCACAAGGAAGCAGAAGCAGCUCGUGUGGAGGGGUCAGGCGAAGGUGCAGAUAUAGAGCAGCAGACAGAUGCAGCAAUUGCGGCUGAAAGCACAGCCAAGAUGACAACCCCACUGGGACUCCCAGCCAGGAAACGCAGCCGACUGCACCCGCAGGCCGCAUGGCAGCCAGCUCGUGCACUGCCCCCAUCUUCCCGUCCUGCGCUGCAGCAAAGGGAGGCUCAAGGGGGCGGGUCUGAGAAGGAUCCAGCAGAGGUUGACUUUGCGCAAGGUGUCAUGGGCAACAGCAGGCCCCAGCCGACAGUGACUGAGAUCUGUGCUGGAGAAAGGAAUGUGCAGAGCUCUUCUCAGCCCAUCAGACCAGUCCUGCUCGCCAGGAAACCCAUCUGCAAUGGGCUUGAAAAGGAGAGGGCGCCAGAGCCUGUGGUUCAGCAGCGUUUUGUCAGCGGCUUGCGCAGGAAGGGAUUCAAGUGCCCACUGCGGAACCCCAAUCUGACUGCUGCGGAGCCCUGA